UGUUGACAGUGUGCUAUUAUUUCAUCUUCAUCGUAUCGCAAAGCAAAAUUUGUGAUUUCUACUAAACUCCGAGCAACUCAGCAUUGCUGUGUGUUGAUCGCUAGGUUGGAUCGACUCUCGUUCAGUUCGACGUUAAGAAUUGCAUCUUCUUUUGACAAAGCUGAGUGAAAGAGAAAGGAGAGAGAAAGCAAAUGGAGAUGAGGAGGGAAGUAAGAGUUGCGUAUACUGAGAGCGAAAAAGAGAUAGUCGUCGAGAGAUGAAAAAUUUUUUUUUUGCUGAAGAAAAUCUGCUUAGAAAAUGAAAGAGAAAUCGACGCAGUCGAGAGUUACCUUCGUAUGUGAUCUCGAAACCUGUGCAAUCGAAAAUUGGAAUGUAGAAUUAUAUAUGUGAGUAUGUGCUGCCUUACGUAACCCUUGGUACCACCAAAGAACUACUCAUACACCGAUUUAUAUCAUGGACGUUAGUACUAGGCCUUCAUGAACGGGCAUUAACCGUCUGUACUUCUUCGAGGAGAUACAAUUGAGUCUUCUUUGUUCAUCACAAAGAAAACCAAGCGUCAUCUCUAUCACACACAGGAAUCCUAGAAAAAUGGCGGAGUUAGGCGAAGACAUUGAUAUGAUGGAUAAGUUCGCGGAUGACGACAAGGGAAAGUUCAAGCCCAGCAAAAAGGAGAAGCCAAUUUAUGCUUCCGUUUGUUUAUCGUAGAGCCCUGCUGAUCCCUUUGCAGGAAAGAAUGUUGCUACUAGAGAUGCUGAUUCUGAUUUCGUAAGUCCCACCUUCCCCGUUGUUGUUCAACUGUAGUACCCCGUGUGUGGGUCGUUAAGUACGACUACUACUACUACUACUACUACUACUACUACUACAACUGCUACUCUAUGAUCUUGCGUUUUUGCUAGUGGCAUCAGUUGCCUGCUCGGGGAACCCCUUUUUUUUUCCUUGUUCAUUCCCCGGACAAAUUGCUCAAGGACAAGGAUGACAAGGACAAGUUGAAGGACAAGAUGUCCAAGAUGGAGAAGGACAAGAGCAAGUUGAAGGGAGCCAAGGAUGACAAGGAGAAGGAUCCAAAGAAUAAGGACAAAAACAAAAACAAGGACAAGGCCGAAAAGAAGGACAAAGUGAUUAAGGUACCAAAUGAACUCUAAAAUUUUAUUCAGUUUCACAAACACAACCAUGGUUAUAGAAGCUAAAUCUAAAAUUUUCAGUUUCACAAACACAACCAUGGUUAGAAGCUAAAUCUAAAAUUUUCAGUUUCACAAACAGAACCAUGGUUAGCAGGAUUCGGCUUGAAGAUGUAGCACAAAGUAGCAUGCAAACCUCGACGAUUCGACGAUGACAAUUUCUUUGCAAGACUUCUCCCUCCGCGACAAAAAGUGACUCAAUCGACCCUCCCACUCAGGACAACGACAAGAAAAGAAAGCCGAAGAAGAAGCCUGCAAGGUUUCUCACGUGGCAGUCCUAUAUCCACAAAGUCCUGAAGACUGUGCACGACGACUCCUGCACGCUGAGCUCGAAAGCGAUGCAGAUCCUCGACUCAUUCGCAAACGACUUGUUCGAACGUAUCAGUUUCUUGACAGUCUUUGACAGUAUGAAAUGAAAUCAUCUUUGACAGUCUUGACAGUCUUUGACAGUAUGAAAUCAAAUCAUCUUUGACAGUCUUGACAGUCUUUGACAGUAUGAAAUCAAAUCAUCUUUGACAGUCUUGACAGUCUAGUACAGGUAUCUCCACCGAAGCCGUGAAGCUUCUCCGCCUCAACAAUAAGAAGACCUUGACGUCCAUGGAGAUUCAGACUGCGGCCAGAUUAGUUUUGCCUGGUGAGCUGUGCAAGCACGCGAUCCAGGAUGGUGCCAAAGCAGUCCAGAAAUACAAUAAUUCUGCAGGGGGUGAGUAAUCCGGGAUUAUGAGAACUCCUUGUCAUAGAAGUGCAGUUAGUUUCUCCUCUUCUUAUUGGAACUACUCUGAUAUGAUGCUCUCUGAUGCUCAUGCUGACAAGAAACAACCCUGAUUACUUGCGUUUGUGAUACAAUUAGUCUCUUUAUUUCCCCAAGCGCGAACUCACUGAGGCGGUGGAUGUGGUACCCCCCUGAAGAUCCUGAUGGAUCCCCCUGAAGAUCCAGUUGCUGGCAGUGCGUUGUGACAGAGAAACUUAUGUUGUUUUGUGGACCUAUCGAUUAUGAUAAAUCCUGAUGAAGAAGAACUUCUCUGAUGAAAGUCUGUUUAGUGCUAGUAGAACUACUUAACACACGGACUUGCCCGUAAAAAUGUUGUUGUUCAACUAUCCCC